CACAAUGGGGAGAUUUCCCCCAGUUGUUUGUGUCUCUGCCCCUCCCACAAUGGGGAGAUUUCCUGCAGUAGUUUGAGUCUCUGCUCCUCCCACAAUGGGGAGAUUUUCCCCCAGUAGUUUGUGUCUCUGCCCCUCCCACAAUGGGGAGAUUUCCUGCAGUAGUUUGUGUCUCUGCCACUCCCACAGUGAGGAGAUUUCCCCCAGUAGUUUGUGUCUCUGCCCCUCCCACAAUGGGGGAGAUUCCCUCCAGUAGUUUGUGUCUCUGCCCCUCUCACAAUGGGGAGAUUUCCCCCAGUAGUUUGUGUCUCUGCCCCUCCCACAAUGGGGAGAUUUCCCCCAGUAGUUUGUGUCUCUGCCCCUCCCACAAUGGGGAGAUUUCCUGCAGUGGUUUUUUGUGUCUCUGCCCCUCCCACAAUGGGGAGAUUUCCCCCAGUAGUUGUUUGUGUCUCUGCCCCUCCCACAAUGGGGAGAUUUCCUGCAGUAGUUUGUGUCUCUGCCCCUCCCACAAUGGGGAGAUUUCCCCCAGUAGUUUGAGUCUCUGCCCCUCCCACAAUGGGGAGAUUUCCCCCAGUAGUUUGUGUUUCUGCCCCUCCCACAACGGGGAGAUUUCC